UUGACAUCCGACAACCCUUUUUAAAAAUUUUCUUAACCUCAAAUCUCAUCACAUUUAAUUUUAUAAUUAGGAUUUAGGAUAUAGACAAAUUUAAAUCUAAAAUGGAAGGAAUUUCUUCAUUAUCUGGAGCCCAAAAAGAUGAAUUAAUGGAUCAAGUUAAACAACAAAUUGCUGUUGCUAAUGCACAAGAACUUCUCACAAAAAUGACCGAAAAAUGCUUUAAAAAAUGUAUAUCAAAACCAGGAACUUCACUAGACAGUUCGGAACAAAAAUGUGUAGCUAUGUGUAUGGACAGGUAUAUGGACUCUUGGAAUCUAGUAUCAAAAGCAUAUGGUAUGAGAAUACAAAGGGAAAGGGGAAAUAUGUAAAUUAUUGUAUAUAAUACAUUACAGCUAGAGAAAACUUUUUUUACUGAGUUUGUGAAUAGUAAAACAGAUAUAGAUGUUGUUAGUUAUAAAUUUGUUAAUAAAGCACCUAUUGCUUUA